CAUAUGAAACACAUGGAGAAGGGGAACAAUGUGACAGAGUUUAUUCUACUGGGACUAACAGAGAAUCCAAAGAUGCAGAUAAUCAUAUUUGUGGCAUUUCUUAUCAUCUACAUCAUCACCGUGGUAGGGAAUGUGCUUAUCGUGGUCACCAUCAACGUCACUCCCUCACUGGGAACCCCCAUGUACUUCUUUCUGUCCUAUUUAUCAUUUGUUGAUACCUGCUAUUCUUCUGUCAAUACACCCAGACUGGUCAUAGAUUCACUCCAUGAAAAGAAGACAAUCCUAUUCAAUGAAUGCAUGACCCAAAUAUUUGGGGAACAUUUUUUUGGAGGAGUUGAAGGCAUCCUGCUCACUGUGAUGGCCUAUGACCGCUAUGUGGCCAUCUGCAAGCCCUUGCACUACACAACCAUCAUGAACAGGCGGGUAUGUGGUUUGCUAGUGGGAGUGGUUUGGGCCGGAGGCUUUCUUCAUGCAACCAUACAGAUCCUCUUCAUCUUCAGAUUACCCUUCUGUGGUCCAAAUAUCAUAGAUCACUUUAUGUGUGAUCUUGACCCUUUGCUCAAUCUUGCCUGCACUGAUACCCAUACCCUAGGGCUCCUUGUUGCUGCCAACAGUGGAUUCAUCUGUUUUUUAAACUUCUUCUUGUUGAUGGUCUCCUAUGUAGUUAUUCUCCGUUCCCUAAGAAACCACAGCUUGGAGGCCAGGCGCAAAGCCCUCUCCACCUGUGUCUCCCACAUCACCGUGGUGGUCUUAUUCUUUGUUCCAUGCAUAUUUGUGUACAUGAGACCUGCAGUUACUCUGCCCAUAGAUAAAGCAGUUGCUGUGUUCUAUACCAUUAUAACUCCCACAUUAAAUCCUUUAAUCUAUACCUUAAGAAAUGCUCAGAUGAAAGAUGCAAUUAGGAAAUUGUGGCUUUAUACUAGCAAAUUGAAGGAAAGACAGUUUUAUACAGUUUUACAGAUUAAGCAGUAA